CAUAACAUUAUGUUGGGGAACUCCCUUUACUUUGAAGCCAGGCCGGGCAGCACAGUCGGUCCUACAAACGGCCUGACUGUUUCUGGAAAUUAAAAAUGCAGAGGGAGUUUAAAGAACGGCAGCGUGGAAGAAGUGUUCAAUAGCAGCAGACCAAUGCUGCAUUGCGCUCCUCACAGAGCAGCUCAGCGAUCGAGUUACGCGGCUGGGGGAAAAUGUUGCAGUAGCGAGUAGAGAGAGUGGGAGAGAGAGAGACUGCAGCAGCAUCGCUUGAGACCGGCAGCAGCAGUCCCAAGCAGUGCAGGUGAGAGAGGGGGAAAAAGCCGGAGGAGGAGGUGCGUGUGGAAGAGAGAGAGAGAGAGAGAGAGAGAGAGAGAGAAUGCGGGACUCUUGGAAAAAGACGCAUCUACACUCCAGUCCAUCACCGAGACAUCCAUCCCGAACACAGGCUGCACCCGGAUUUCGCUAAAUUGAUGAUGAUGAUGAUGGGAUCUCCUUUCUAGCCCAUCAAGAAAAGCUCUUAUUUUCUGUUCCAUGAGAAAAAAAAAAACAUAUAAUGUGAAACUCGCUCUGAAAAGCACUCUUGUCUCCUCCUAACUUGCGUGAAGGAAUCUGACGGCUUGGCACGUUGCUCCACUGCGGGGGGAGAAAAAAAGAAGAGCUGAAAACGCAGCUGGAUCCGAAGGUAAGAAAAGAUCCAGAGGCAUCAUCCCAAAUACUUUUUUUUUCAAAGUGAUUUGUGUUCCUCUAUUGGGAAUGUGAGUUCAUUUACCUCGACGUCCGGAGAGCCGAGCAGUGUUUUUUUCCCCUUUGUGUGGUGCUGCAUUGCAGUUUCUAACUGUGAAAAACGCGAGAAAAGCUGCUGUCCCAAAUGUGACUGGAAUAGGAAGAGAACUUACAAUUGGCAUUAUGAACUGAUAACCGUCCUCAUGUGACAACGGGAUAGCUAGCCGGUUUUACUGGAAAGAAAGGAGUGAUAAAUAGUGAAGUGGAUUUUUCAAAGGCUGACGAAUUAGUUUCUUUUCUUCUUUCGCAGCAGGAUGGCUUUUUUGAUAUCUUUGUGGCAUGGACAGCACAGCAAGGCAACGAAAUUAUUAUCGUAGAAGUUGAAAAAGCAUUGCCAAGCACAGGAGGAGAAUAAAAGAAAGGAGCCCGCAUCGCUGAAGUGAACUACAGUGAGAGUGCGGAAGCUUUUCGCCGGACCUUAAGCGGCAGUCCGCAGAGAGCGGCAGGGAGAAGGCAAGGAAGGGUAAAUCAACACCCACGCUGUGAGGUACACUAGACCACAAAACACCAAAAAGGAGAUACAAGCCGCAGCGGAGAGCCAGACAGAGCGGGAAGGAGAGAGGCGAGAGGAAGAAGGAGCCAUGCAGAGGCUUGGUGCAGUGCACUCCUCCGCGGCGCAGGCUUUCAGCCUCGUGGUCUUCAUGCUGCAGCUGCUGACUCAGCUACCGGGUGUCGACUCAGCUCUCCGGUACCGGGUGGCUGAGGAGGGCCCACCUGACGUCAAGAUUGGCAACGUGGCCGCCGACCUGGGCCUCACGGCUGGCACAGGCAGCGGGGAUGUCACCUUCGCCCUGGAGAGCGGCUCAGAGUUCUUCAAGAUUGACAAUGUGACAGGUGAGCUGACAACAGGCCCGCGGCGCAUCGACAGAGAGAAGCUCCCACAGUGCCAGAUGAUAUUUGAUGAAAAUGAGUGUUUCUUGGACUUUGAGGUGUCAGUGAUAGGGCCACUGCAGAGCUGGGUAGACCUAUUUGAGGGCCGUGUGGUCAUAACAGACAUCAAUGACAACACACCUUCCUUCCCAUCACCUGUGCUCCAGCUCUCAGUUGAGGAGAAUCGUCCAAUAGGAACACUUUACCUGCUGCCCACAGCUACAGACAGGGAUUUUGGGCGAAAUGGCAUUGACCGCUAUGAGCUUAUCCAAGAUGGUGGAGCUGGGUCAAGUUCAACAAGACGCACAGCAGGAGUAAACCCCAUUACCAGAGUAGAUGGGCUUGGGGACCGGAGGGGUAGAAGUGGAGAUAAUGGAGGAGGAGCCAGGAGCACUGUGUUUGAACUGCAAGUUGCAGAUAUACCAGAUGGUGAAAAACAACCACAGCUCAUUGUGAAAGGCACAUUGGACCGUGAGCAAAAAGACUCAUAUGAGCUUGUCCUCAGGGUUCGCGAUGGAGGGAACCCACCGCGCUCCUCCCAAGCCCUGCUUCGUGUUUCCAUCACUGAUGUGAAUGACAACAGCCCACAGUUCGAGAGGUCCACAUAUGAGGCAGAAAUGGCAGAAAAUGCUCCACCAGGUACACCUGUCCUCCAGGUCAGAGCUGCAGACCGUGACAUUGGAGUCAACGGACAGGUGGAGUAUGUCUUCGGAGCUGCUACUGAGUCUGUAAGGCGACUCCUGCGGCUAGAUGAGGCAACUGGGUGGCUGAGCGUGCUUCACAGGAUUGACAGAGAAGAAGUGGCUCAACUGAGGUUCACAGUAACGGCCAGAGACCGUGGUCAGCCACCCCGCACUGACCGCACCACUGUAGUUUUGGCUGUCCGGGAUGAAAAUGACAAUGUCCCAGUUGUAGAGAUCCGAAAGAUUGGACGUAUCCCUGUUCGAGAUGGAGCAGCAUUAGUACCAGAGAAUGUUCUGGUGGACACACCAGUAGCGCUGGUGCAGGUGUCAGACCGAGACCAGGGAGAGAAUGGGGCUGUGACGUGCACAGUUGUAGGAGAUGUCCCGUUCACACUCAAGCCAGCUGGUGAAACAUUACUCCCACCCCUACCUGCAGAUGAAGCCUUUGACAGGAAUAAGAAAAAAUACUUCUUACAUACUUCCGCCUUGCUGGACUAUGAGGCCACGAAAGAGUACAGUGUUACCAUUGUGGCGGUAGAUUCUGGCAGCCCCAGUCUGUCCAGCAAUAGCUCGCUGAUGGUGCGAGUAGUAGAUAUCAAUGACCAUGCCCCAACCUUUGCCCAGAGUGUCGUGGAGGUCCACUUUGCUGAGAACAACUCACCUGGUGAAAGGGUGGUCACGGUGGUAGCCACAGAUGCUGACAGCGGCAAGAAUGCAGAAAUUGCCUACUCCCUGGAUCCUGCUGCUAAUGCGCCAUUUUACAUAGAUACAGAUAAUGGAGAUAUCCGUGCCACUGGGGUUCUGGACCGUGAGCAGCGAGAGCGGUAUGAACUGCGGGUUAUUGCGAAGGACAAGGGUACCCCCUCUCUACAAGGCUCUGCGACGGUUGUUGUUCAGGUGACCGACCGCAAUGACAAUGCACCAAAGUUUGUUCAGGAAAUCUUCACAUUCUACGUGAAAGAGAACCUGCUUGCCAACAGCCCAGUUGGCAUGGUCACUGUGACUGAUGCUGACGAAGGCGAAAAUGCAGAACUAAGUUUGUUUGUAGAGAUGGAUGGAGUUGAUGAGAAAAAUACAGGAGAGAAGGUGGAAGCAGAUGGUGAGAAAGAGCAAGAAGAGGUGUUUUCCAUUGAGAACAACACGGGGACUAUCUUCUCUUCUGCAUCGUUUGACCGUGAAAAGCUUUCCACCUAUACCUUCCGUGUCCGGGCUGUGGAUGGAGGGGAGCCUCGCAAAACUGCCACGGCCACUGUCUCGCUCUUUGUGACGGACGAAAAUGACAAUGCCCCCUCAAUCACCUCUCCAGCCAAUGAGUCCUACACCCUCCUUCCUCCUGCUAGCAGUGCCCGCACCAUUGUCAGGACUGUAACAGCACUAGAUUCAGACACUGGUCCGAAUGCUGAUCUUCGCUAUGCCCUAGUGGGGGGAAAUCCCUUCAGACUGUUUGAAAUUGGCCACACCAAUGGAGUGAUCACCCUGGCAGAACCUCUGGAGCGGCGCCACAGAGGUCUGCAUCGCCUGGUGGUCCGGGUCAAUGAUAGCGGGGCACCCUCUCUCUGUGCCACUGCCCUGGUUCAUGUCUUCAUCAACGAGAGCUUGGCCAACGCCACCCUAGUAGAUGCACAGGUGGCCCGAAGCCUGAUGGCUCCACUGUCACUGGACAUUGCAGGGGACCCUGACAGCGAGCGUGCAUUAGGGAAACAGCGCCUCAGUGUAGCUAUUGGUGUCUUGGCGGGAGCCGCCGCGGUCAUCCUGGUUAUCCUCCUUGUGGUCACAGCUCGGCAGUGCGGUGCUCAGGGCAAGAAUGGCUACGAGGCUGGUAAGAAGGAACCAGAGGAAGACUUCUUCAGUCCUCCAGGGGCUCAACCACAGGCCGGCCGAGGCAGGGGAUCAGACCGUGGCCGCAAGCCUCGACGGGACAAACGCAAUGGAAGUGGCGGUGGUGCAGCUGCAGGAGGAGGGAAGUCAGACAGAUCACUCUACAGCGGUAUUGUCACAGUCAACGGGCUGCGUCGCCAUGCCAAUGACGAUGAUGAGGAGGAUAUGAGCAGCGCUAGUGAGCGCCUGGCAGCCCGCUACUGCGUUAUGGAUGGUGACCCUGGCAGCCCACGGAUGGGUGGCGGCAGGAGACACCAGUCAAGCCCAGAUCUGGCCAGGCACUACAAAUCCAGCUCACCUCUCCCCGCAGUGAAUCUACAGCCCCACUCACCCCCAGCUGAGGGAAAGAAGCACCAAGCGGUCCAGGACCUGCCUCCCUCCAACACCUUUGUGGGCAGUGGGGGUUGUGUGGGGAGUGCUGGGUCCAGCAGCAGCAGUAGUGGGGGCAGUGGCAAUGCAGAUGCCAUGUCCCUGGGAUCUGACCAGUGCUCAGAGUACGGCUGCCAGACUGGGAACAAGUACAGCAAACAGGGGACCCUUCGUCGGGUGACCUUCUCUGUAGUCAGCCAGCCCCAGGAUGGCGGUUGCUAUGACAGUGGCCUGGAGGACUCGGAGACGCCGAGCAGCAAGAGUUCAUCAGGGCCGCGACUGGGAGCCCUGCCGCUGCCCGAAGAAGGCUACGAGCGGACCACACCGGAAGGCAGUGUGGGGGAGGAGGAGCAUGUGGAGAAUGAUGCCAGACAGCUGCCAGACGUAGCCCUGACAGGAAAGUGUACCAGGGAGUGUGAUGAGUUUGGCCACUCUGAUACCUGCUGGAUGCCUGUCCGCCCUUCGCCACGCCAGCGUCAACGUCACGGCAGUGACCCCCCACGGCUCUCCACCUUCGCCCCGGGAGACAAUAACAACAAUCUCCGUGGUAACGACCAUGAGAGCGACAGUGAGAGCGCUGGCAGCGCAGGGAGCUCAGAACCCGGGGUGGUCGUCAGCGGAGAAGGUCAGAGAUUACCCCUAGCCAACGGGGAUCCUCUCAGCACCCUGGGUAGUGGAGACCGCAACAGGAACAUGGGCGAUCACAACCGCAACCUUCUGAACCGCAAGAUGACUUCAGCAUCCUAUGACACGUUUAGCAGUGCAGGCUUUGGGAGGCGCCAACAAGAGGAGGAAGGAGGAGAAGGUCAGAACCCACCCGAGGUCAUACCACUGACGCGGACAGGAGGGGACUACAAGACCACGUCCUGCCUCACGUUGUCACGCCGCGAGGUCUACCUGUGACAGCCCUGCAAUGGAGCAAUCGUCACCACACCACUCCCUUGUCUGAAAAAGAGGGAGGGUUAAGACUUUACUGGCACGUCAUGAGUUUGGAAGGCCUUUUAAACCUGUGAAGAUGUGAAAACGUCAGAAAAUAGCUGUAUAUCAAAUUGGAAUUCUGACUAAUAUUUAUAGGCACAGAAACUUAAGCAAGUGAUGGAUCAACACUUGGGAGAGCUCUGACCAGGAGUACUUUCUAAAAAAAGGUAUUUUUUAACUACCAGUGAACAUUGGCUACAGGCAAAGAUCCUAUUAUGUCCAUGUGGAGGAGGACAACUUCAUCUCUUCUUUUUACCUGAAUCUGAUGCAUGCCUGACCCUCCGCCACAGAGGGAUCUGUGUGAAGAAGAGAGAGACUGAAUAAAUCCUGAUGCUAUAAAUGCCUCGGCGCAUACAAAAACUUCUACUGAGGCUACAGCAGGCAGGACUUGGACUCAAUUGGUGAACCACUGAGGUCUUAUCCGAUCAAAAGAGAUGAAAAGACGUAACGGGUCUCUGAGUUAUUUGGAUGUAUUUCAAACCAAUCAAACUUUCUAAUUCCUAAUCAACUCUACUGUAACACAAGACGUUGACAUUAACUAAUCAAACUGCUAAUCCUGUGAGAAUCUUAACAAAUCACAAACAGAGUAUCAAAGCACCAACAAAAGUGUGGUCACUGUACAGUUACACCGUAGGGAAAAAAGUGCUCAUCUCAAAAAUCAGGUAUUGUUCUUUAAAAAAACCCAGAUUCAGAACAAACUGCAAAUAUGUGAAAAGAAAGACUUUUUUACAGUAAUCAAAUGUAAACAUUCAGAAUACAAGGUUCUCAUAGAGUAUCAGUAGUGCCACAGUAUUCCGGCGUGUGUGAAAAUAUGUGUUUAUUAUUUUUACCUUCACACCUAGUCUGUAUGUAUAUAUUGUACGUGUGUAUCUGAUGAAACGGCAGUGUUAUCUCUCUGCUGGUGUCCACCAAGUAGACUGAGGUGCUGAAUUUACUACAGACCUACAGUAUCCUAACAGUGUUCAUGUAUCAUAAAUGUUCUUUCACACACAAGCGCACACAUAUACACAUGCACGCAUGCACGCACUUACACACACAGACCUAAGCAUGUAAACACAAACCCAUACAGUGCAUUUGCAGAAUGUGAACAUGCACAGGGCCGCAGUUUAUGACAUGAUUCAGUGGCUGUGUAACAUAAAGUAUAUAAUAACUUGCAUUUACUUUCAUACAGAAAACAUUAAGCACACACACACACACACACACACACACGCAGCAUAUUAAAACAUAAGUAGAAACACAAACCCAUAUUAAGAUGUGUGCAAUGCGCAGUUCAUAUGCACUGUGUGUGUAUGUGCUCUUAAUCAUAAUUUUUUAACAUAUUGCCUAUCAUUGAACUAGCUGUAGCAUUUUGCCUGCUUCCCUCCAGCCAGUAUUUAAACAUGAAAUGUAUUUAAAUAAUUACUCAUCUUUGACUGAUGCGUGGAGCUACGUUAAAAGGAAUUUCAGACAUCACAUCUACUGUAUGUAAUGAUAAGACAAUGUGAGAAUAUAAGAUAUUCUGCAUUCUGUAAGUAGGACUCCAAAAAAACUAAUUUCUGUAAGAAAAAAAAGGAAAAGAAAAAAGUACUCUGCAUGAAAGAAAGAUAAUGCUAACUUUUUUUCUCUCUUUUUAAAACCACACGCCUUUUUGGAUACUACGCCUAUUUGGAUACAUCUGUACUAUAUGUAUGUGUGUGCUUACAGGGAAAUGGAGAUAAUGAUGGCAGCAAGGGAGUUAGCUUCAGUGGAUUAAACUGUUCCUUCUUGAUCAUGGAGCAAGUUUGGGGUAACCUAGGGCCUUUCUCUCAGUUUCCACGGCCCGGAGACGGCACGAGGGGUGCCGUAGGCUUUAACAAAAAAGAACACUAUGUAGUGGGAGCGCAGAGUUCUGCUGCACCCUUUUCACCGCACAGUGCCGACCUGAACAUGCCCAUACUGCUGUACUGAACCUCACAGAUAACAGACUCCUUCACAUUUGUCCUUCCCAGCAGCUACUGCACGAAUCCAGAUACACUCUGCUGCGUUGGGCUGAAGAGUGGGUGUGGAUCGAGGCCAGCACAUCUUAAUUCCCAUCAUCAGUGUGUGGUUCAGUGGUGUGAUAGGGAUAAUAGGGUUAGGUCGUCCCUGUGGUCUUAAUGAGUUUCUUUUCUCCUCUCUUCUCCUCCCUUGAUCUGCACUGAUCUCAUUAAUGUCUGGAUAGGCGAAUGUAACACUGCUGGAAAUUGCCAGUAAGUGUGUCUCUUCAUUUUCCUGGUUGUUUUGGAUCAGAUGUGGCACAGGAGACACACUUGUUAGUGAUGUGCUCCAAUUGAGUUCAUAGAUCCAUGUAGAGCAUAGAAUUAGUCAGAAAGGAGAGCAACACUCAGGUAAGAUGUGCGACAAUGUUUAACUUGUAAACUAACUACUUGUCAGACAGAAAUGCACACGCUGUUGCUGCCCUGACAGUCCCUUCACUAAAAGAUAACUCAAGUGUGGAAACUGUAAAGUAGUACCAGUUCCUCUACAUUCAUUUUACAAUGGUAAGUGGACAGAGAAAUGGGUGUUCUCUAUGUGUGUGAUUACACUUUGUAUACCUGUAUAUAUCUUUAACUUCACAACUCUGUGACCGACCCCCUUCAGCUUGUUUUAAGCCACUGUUGUACUUACUCCCUAAGCCUUCAUUAACCCCAAAUCCCCAGCAUGGCUGUUUACUGAGCUCUGCUAUUGAUGGACUGUGCUGAGGAUGUAAUGAAACUCAACGCCUAACACAUGAGUUAAAUCUGUACAUGGGGAGUUCACAUUGAAAAGUGAUCAGAGAACAUCCCGCAGGGUACAUACACUGAGAGACAGAAGGACACAUGCUCUUUCUCUGGGAGAAAGUGUUGAGAUAAGUGUGUCUCAAUCCCUCGGCCGCCAGAAAGGUCUUGAAGAACUACUGUCCAGUUGGAGAGUUUUGGAAAGAGACUUUUGACACAGCCCUGCCUCCUAAAAGUGGCAGAUAUUUUGUUAAACUGCUGUUUUAAGGCAGUUCCAUGGCACCUUUCAAACCCGCCCAUUUGGAUUUAAGGGAACUUGCUGUACAUGAAUCUGUGUGGGUGUGUAUCUUUUUUAUACUGCACGUUUAACAUGAAUAUGUUUCAGUCUACUGCAAAACAGAGAGGGGAGACAGACAGAGAAGAGUGUAACACCUGAGAUCGUACACCCACUAAUCAAGACAUUUUUAAAAACAGACACUUCAGCGCACAUCCUGUACCUGUCAUCCCUCUCAUGCUGUUAUCCUUAUAGCCAUGUACAGAUAAAACUACACUGUAGAACAGACAACUGGAAACCAUAACAGACAAUGGCAUGCUUAAGGUCUUCAAAUCUGCACCUGAGAAAAAAUGAGAAAAUUUUUUUUAUUUUCCUCUUCUUUGUUUUCUUUUCUUAUGGGGCUGGCUCUGUUUUUUGCUGCUCCCUUCCUGUAAUUACACAAUGAACUAAUUGCAUUUGCUAUGACGAGGAAGAAGAGGAGCUGUCGCAGAAUGGUUUGGUACGAGGAUGAAUCAUGUAAAAGUUUGACUUUGACAUUAAAAACUUCAAACACU